AUGACUCACAACGACCAACAAGUCACAACUGCAGAAGGGAAAGCCGAUGCUUUCAACAAAUAUUUCGCCUCCAUUUUUCGUCCCGUUUCAUCAAGUUCUCCCAUUGUUUCUCCAUCUCUUUCCAGUCAGAAUAAUCUCGAGUCUAUUACUGUAUCAACAGAAGAAGUCUGCCAGAUUGUUGAAAGAAUGUUCGAACGAAAUUGCUCCGUCUUUAACAGCGCUAUUCAACAAGUCCCUUUCUCUUGGUAAAGUUCCUCAGGAAUGGAAAGAAGUUAAUGUAGUUCCGGUUCCUAAGAGAGGUGACAUUCAUGAAAUCAGCAAUUACCGACCGAUUUCCUUGCUGUUCUUAGUCUCCAAACUUCUGGAACAAGUCGUUCAUAUUCACAUGUCUGAGUUUGUUCAAUCCUCGCUGAGGAUUGUGAGAAGUGACUUAGAACAUGGUUUUCGCAGAAAACGAUCUUGUACCACUCAACUUCUUCGCGUUUUUCACGACGUUGGCGUGGCUUUAGAUUCCAGAAAAGAAGCUGACAUGAUUUAUUUAGACUUCUCGAAAGCCUUUGACUCCGUUUCCCAUCCAAAGCUUCUUUUUAAACUCGAAUAA